AUGAGUGUAAAACUGGAAAAUGGGAUGAUCACCAUUGGAAUAGACGAUUUUAAAACUGUUUUAGAGUCUGUCAUAGCUGGAUCUCGGGUGAUACCAGUGCCAACUUUCGUUUGUUCGAAAUUUAAUGUAAGUGAUUGGAUCAAUGAUUUCGAAGCAAAAACGGAACAAUCAUAUUGGGAUGAUAAUCGACGUCUACAAAAAGUAAGAUGUUACCUUCACGCCCAUGUUGCAUCGUGGUAUGAUUCAAUUUUUGAAAACCCCGAGACUCGACCUAAAGAUUGGAAGGAAUUCAAAGAACUUAUGGUACGUUGCUAUUCCCCCGUAGGACAUGUGAACUACUUUGAACGGUUCUAUACCACUAGACAAGAAGAAAACGAAUUUGUGAUAGAUUUUUGUAGUAAAAUGUUUUAUUAUGCCAAGAAAGCGAAUAUAGACUUCCAAACUUUUGUAACAACUUGUAUUGAGAGAUUCAGAAGAGAAAUAUAUAUAGAAUUUCUAAGAUUCCGACUCGAUGACAUACAAACUUUUGACAAACUUAUUGAAAGAGCUCGAAUUGCAGAAGAAAACUCUCGGAUGAACAAUGGUAAUUUACCGAUUUGCUACGGAGAUGUGGAUCGCCAUGAUCUGCCUUACAGGUAUGUGACUGUAGCUAAUGCAAAUUUGUCUCUCAAACCUUGUGAUCAUUCAAAGACUGAUCCUGCUGCCGAUCAACACAGGUAUAAUGGUGCGCCUGAUAAUAACAACAUAUUCGCUUCAUCUUCAUACUGUUAUAAUGUCGCUAAAUAUACGCCUGCCGCUGUGGUGAAUGCUAAUGCCUCAACUAACAUCAUAUCAGCUUCGUCCCCAUCAACGGUCAAAUCGCAGAUAGCUGAAAUGGUAGAUAUGCUGAAAGAGUUUAUACAGAAUUCAGUAAAUUACAAUCAGCGUGCCCGCACCAAUGUUACUUGCUAUUACUGCCAAAAGGUUGGACAUAUUGCAAAUCAGUGUUAUAAGAAACAACGAGAUCAACAAAAACGUCAAGGAAACAUGUUCUGA